AUGGCUCUACAAACCAGUGGCUCCCUCUGUCUGUUGAUUUUACUGAGCGUAGUCGGUACUAUAUCAGCAAAUGUAGAGACAAUAGCCAAAAGCACAAAGAUUCUUUACUACCUGAUCAACCAUAACCCUGGUGGAUCCUAUUAUUCGGCAAUAAUUCUCACGAACACUGGACCUACACCAAUCGACCAAAGCGGUGGCUGGAAUCUUUAUGUUUGUCACGAAAAUCUCAUAGAAUUCAAACGUUUCAACAGCGACACUGGGGAAUACGACUUUCCUACCAUACGAGGAGGUUUCUCACUUUCACAUGUUCAAGGAUGCAUGUACCGAUUUACCCCAGAUUCAGAUACAUUUGGAACUAUCGACCCUGGAAAAAGCAGAUAUAUAACGUUUUUAACUUCGGCCUCUAUAGCAGGUAAAUACGAUAUAUAUCCAAAUUUCUACUUAGCUAACGACACACAUUCGGCGAUCAUACAAAAUACGAAAAAGGACAUAAAUCGAGAUCGUGUUGGACCAUUCCAAAACCUAUUUCAAUACACGAGAAAUCCACCACGAGAUCCUGAGCUACCGGUGUCAUUGUCGAGACGUUACGCUUCUCUGUUUAACACUACCUACCCAAAACCAACACCGGGAGACAUCAUUCCCACUCCCCGACAGAAGUACGAAUCAGCUCAGAGGAAAGUAUACAUGAACUCGACUUGGAAAAUUGAUUCCCGAAAUGAUGAUCGACUGUCUGGACUGAUGAUUUACUUCACAAGUACCUUGGAUAUGACUGAAACUCCAAAACCAUUACUGCAUAAUGUAAUACUGGUCCAGCUGAAGGAUGCUCCGCCUAUUGAGAACGCUGACGAGUGGUAUAACAUCACGAUCAGUGCUGCUCACUCGUAUGUCCAUAUUGUCGGCAGUACAACACACGGAUUACUCAAUGGCUUUCAGACUCUGUUACAUCUCAUCGAAAAGGAAGAACAUCCAACGCUCGGGAGACAACUGGUGGUUCCUGAAAUGAAGGUUGUGGACUCUCCACGAUUUCAAUAUCGAGGACUUCAACUUGAUACGGCAUCUAAUUUUGUCAACAUGACAACGUUACGGAAGUUACUUCAUGUUUUGGCAUUUCUUAAAUUAAACAAACUUCAACUAUUGUUAGCAAACGAUUAUGCUGUUCGGCUGGAGAUAACAACAAUGCCCGAUUUCCACAUGGUGGGUUCGAGAAGAUGCCAUGACGAAACUGAGGAAUCGUGUUUAUUUUCUCAGUUGGGAUCCGAUCCCUCCGGAAAUGGACUUGGCUCGGGAUAUUAUACUGCCCAGGAAUAUAAAGACCUCCUUUCCUUGGCGAAACAACUACACAUUGAAAUUAUUCCAAUGUGGAGUUUUGACAGUAACAUGAGAGCAUCAGAAAUAGCAAUGCGAGCUUACAAUAAAGCUACCAACGACAGCACAAUGGAUUGGAGCUUACCAAAAUUAGAUAAAAUAUCACGUUUGAAGCCAAACCUUUUCAGGAUUGGAAACGUAGACCCAUGUGCACUAGAAACAGAGAGAUUUAUAAGAAAAAUAGUAUCUACCAUAAAAUCAUAUCACACAGCAGCUAACUACCCUCUGAAGACGUUUAGUGUUGGGGGCGAGGACACGGAUGUCGACACCUGGCUUGAUAAAUGUGCUGCAAGGAACAUUUCAAACAAACUGAAACACCCCUAUAUCAGACGGAAGGUUGAGUUUACUCAAAUGCUAUCCAAAAUUGCCGCCGAUAACAACAUUGUCAUCAACGCUUUCGAUAACUUAUUUACAGCCUUUCCCAACAAAUGUCGCGAUCCUGACGAUUGUCCUAAUUGGUUUGUUCCUUUCAACGUCACCAAAUGGUAUCCCAAGACAUUCCAGUUCACUGUCACACACAGAGAUCCAAGAGUCUUGUACCUGACCAGACUACAAAUGCGUUCUUCUAAUGCCACCAACAUAAAACCAGUAGACAGGGAGACAAAAUUGAGGACAUUCCAGAAAAAUGGAUACCAUUCAAUCAUAUCUAUGUUGGACGUACACGAUCUUUCAAUCAAAGAGGAACCUGGUCCAAACCUUUUGGGAGAGAUGCCGUAUGGGAGGACGCCGAUUACACUCGAGGAAGUAUUUGGUACUUGGCCUGAGGCCAUGUGUUGCUCCAGGCAUGCGUGUCUACCAGUGACAGGUCCGGCAGGAUAUAGAUUCUCCCGAGAUCAGCCCCCGCCUGUAUGUAUAGAGGACCCGAAGGAUCCAGGACCAUUGGGUGUGCAGGCCACACUAUCAACAUCGAAGGUUCUAGAUGAAGAACAAUUAUUCCAACUUCUCUUCCCACGUCUAAUUGCCUUUUCGGAGAGAGCUUGGCAUCGCGCUCCUUGGGAAAACACUGUACAGGAACCCAUCAAGAAUAUGACGGAAGCAGAAACUGAGGAAAGGAAGGAUUUCCUGAAAUUUAAAGCUAUUCUUGGCGCCAAAACACUGCCUAAACUUGAUAUGUUCGAGGUCGGCUAUUACCUGGCACCCCCCGGAGCUAUACUGAUGAAUGUCACUGCUGAUCAGAACGACCCGGAUAAGACGCUAUCUUGGCUGACUGACUACCCAGGGUUUACAGCUCAAGUGAAGACAGAUUUUAUGGUGGACUUUGAGGAUAUAAUAGACAGUAAAGUGUACAGGGGGAUGCUGCUUGAAUUCCGGACCAGGAACAACGAUUCAACAAGGUUUAGUAGAGUGGAGAGGAUGUCGACACUGCACCCUGAUCCAUAUGCAAGUGAAUAUAAAGCCAUUAUGAACAACUUUACCAGAAGUCCAGCCCUGACCUUCCCUAUUCAGUUAAUGUUCGGACACUUUGCGGACCCUACAGGACGGUUCUCCUUUGCUAUAACAGAAGACCUCCCCUUAUACUAUGACACGGAUUUCAGAAGAUAUUUUAACCAGACUGGUUUCCAGGCUUUCCAAGAACGCAAGCCGAUGUUGUUAGCACAGCAACAACUACAAAUAGCAAUCGUGGAACAAUACCGAUGGGAAAUGCAACUUAGAAUGCUCGCAUCGUCAAUGGCAGCACGCCAAGGUCAGAAUGCUACAUCUCAAGGUCAAGCACCUAGAAGCCAACCCGAUAUAGAUAGUUUUAGAACUUCCCAAUCAGGAUCAAGACAAGAGAGAAAUAAUCUAACAAUGCAAAAUGAAGCCGUUGUACGUGAAGGAACGAAUGGUCCUAAUCCUCCGCCAGGGUGAAUAAAGAGUGACGAUUUACUUUAUCUACGGCUACCUCAUGUAUACAUCAACUUUGUUAAGUCGUUUAAGACUUGUUCUUCUAUUGCAUUCUUACAACAACCGUAAUGAGGACUAUUCUUCCUAAUUUGACUAACUUCAUUAUGUCCAUCACGACAUUCCACCUUGAUUGAAUAAACGCUUUAUUGACACAUGGCUAAAAGGUUCUCAAAUGAACAAUAUAUUUUCUUUUUCCGUAACAGUAACCUUUAUUUGGAAAUCUGCUGUUUGUGAUUAAAACAUUUAUCCACAUAAGGAAAUCUACAGCUUGUUAAUUAAAACAUUUAUCC